CGUUCCGGAGCAUCUAGACGCGUCUCUUGUGAACGCGCUCGGUGAUCUUUGUUUUGCGCGCUGUCCGUUUAUUUUUGUAUAUUGUCGCAUAUAUUUAGUUAAUAUUUUGUUGUUAUUUAUAGUUUAGUUUGUUUCUGUUUUGUUGUCUGUCUCGUGUGCUGUGUGUUUUUGUUACACAAAAUUUUGUCAGACAGACUGUUUGUUUUAAGACUAGCUCCAAAAGAAAAGCUUACAAAUGGCAACCAAAGAUCGUCUGCCAAUAUUCCCAUCGCGCGGGGCGCAAACGUUGAUGAAAUCGCGACUGGCGGGCGCCACAAAGGGCCAUGGCCUACUCAAGAAAAAGGCAGAUGCGCUACAAAUGCGCUUUCGUCUCAUUCUUGGAAAGAUCAUUGAGACGAAAAUGUUGAUGGGUCAGGUGAUGAAGGAGGCCGCCUUCUCGCUGGCCGAGGUGAAGUUCACCACCGGCGACAUCAAUCAGAUUGUGUUGCAGAAUGUGACGAAGGCGCAGAUCAAGAUACGCACCAAGAAGGACAAUGUGGCCGGCGUAACGUUGCCCGUCUUUGAGCCCUAUCAGGAUGGUGUAGACACAUACGAGCUGGCCGGCUUGGCGCGUGGUGGUCAACAGUUGGCCAAGCUAAAGAAGAACUAUCAGAGUGCUGUGCGCUUAUUGGUCGAGCUGGCCUCACUCCAAACCUCCUUCGUGACGCUGGACGACGUCAUUAAGGUGACGAAUCGACGUGUCAAUGCCAUCGAGCACGUGAUAAUACCACGCAUUAAUCGCACCAUCGAAUAUAUCAUUAGUGAGUUGGACGAAUUGGAGCGUGAGGAGUUCUAUAGGCUGAAGAAGAUACAGGAUAAGAAGCGGGAGGCGAGAAAACAUGCGGACAAACAACGCGAGGAGCUGCGUCGUCAGGGGUAUGCGGUACGCGAGGAGGUGCAGAAUAUACUCGAGGACGAUGGCGACGAGGACUUGCUGUUCUAAGCGACACACACACACACACACACACACAAACACACACACACACAAUAACACGCACCCGCAAACAAACCUCUUUAGCCAAGCAAGCAAAAGAAAUUCGCAAAUUCUGAGUUCCAUCUUUUUAUUGUUCCUUGUCUCUCUACAUAUGUAUGUAUGCAUAUGUAUGUAUGUAGUGUACUGUGUAUAUGUAUGUGUGGUGUGUGUGUUCCAGAUCUGUCCUACUGUGUGGAGGGAGCAGCGCUGUUAUUGUUUUUGUUGUUGUUGUUUCCAGAAAUCGAUGUUGUUUUUGUAAUUAAUGAAAAUAUGAAUAUGGAGCUCUUGAUAUUAACAUU